AUGUCUCAACGUCAGCUCUCGCGGACGUUGCCGAAGAACUUCACUUUCCCAUCUCUGAGCGCGGAUGAACCCAAGACCCCCGAACGCCCAUCGACCCACAUCGACGUUCCGCCUCCACCGCGUCAUUCUUUCUCCAGUUGCCGUCUCCCUCGCGUUCGAGUCCGCUCCGGUACUGAUGUCUGCGCGCGUAUGGACCUGGAUCUUUUUCGGUUCCAGGGUCUCCACGAUCUUCCCCUGCCCUCGAUCGAAGUGGGUCAGUCAAACGCGCCGCUCGAGUUGUCCCCUGCGGCGCAACCCGGAAAUGAUGAACGCUACCUAGCUCCACCGCGCCAGAGAAUGGUCUUCAAGACCCCUCCCGCUCAGAUUCGGGGGACUUCAUUUGAGUCAGGCGACGAGGCACAGGCGUGGCCCUCAUGGGACCAGACUCCUAUGCCACACAACUUUGAACGCCCGGGCUCAGCAUGUUCAGAUAUGUCCGAUUCAUCUGUCGAGUCCAUCGAAACUUUUGCAUCGCGUGCAUCUGUAGGAGGAAGCUGUUCCAGUGUUGAAAGUGAUAUCUUUGACUCUUACUUCCCUCUCGAAUUUACCAAGGAGACUCAGAUGUCGUCUCCCAGUUUGCCCAAGAAAAAAGUCCAGCGAACGCAGGUCAAAGAAAAAAUCUUCUCUCGUGAGAUGGACAAUCAUCUGUGGAACACUUAUCAGAUGUAUCUGCAAGACCCUACCAUGACUCCAUUCAAGAUGACCCCAGGCAGCAUUCCACCCUUGGGAGUUACCUCACGCGUGGCACGGAGAGCGAGAAAGACCUGGGAGAACAAGAAGCUCCGCAUGGGUCAGUCCCUGUUCCUCAAGGCCUCAGACCGCAGCGGCAGCUCGACCCCGAAGGCUAUUGAUGACAGCAAAACACCAUGGCCCAAGUCUGAUUCGAAGACACGUCACCGCCUGAAGAUGCUGUGUCGCCGCAAGUUCUCAAUCAUGCCUCAUUAUCAGCGCAUGAUGCAGUCUUGCAGCCCAGAGCCUGCACCAGAUAUGGGUAAUGGCGCCUACCAACCUGAUAAUUCUACUGCCUACGGCACCCGCGACCUCGGUGUCUCUCUUGUCACCUCGUACGACCCGACUCCGUUGACUCAACUUGCCGAAGCACCUGUUCCUGAAUCGAAGACCGAGUGGUUCAACAACCCUGUGCAAAACAAUGUUGAAACUCAUGUCGUCCAGCCCUCUAACAAUCAUCUCAAUGUCGAACACUGCAAUAUCCCGCGCCUAGGAUCGCCGUUUGUGUACAGUACAUGGGGCCCUGGAAACUCGGGCUCUGCAGUUGAAAGUGUGCCUAUCUCUGCUCGACGCGAGACCAUGCCCGCUCCGACUCGGGCUCGGCGUAACACUCACUUUGACAUGACUCCUCGGGAGCAAGAUGAUGUGUUCUCCCCCAAGGCGCGUAUUGACCGAGACCCCUCCGACGAAGAAGUCCAUCAACGUCUGAACACUUACCUCCGAGAUAACAAAGUCCAAGACAUUGGUCAUGGUCGGGUCCGCAUCCGCAGCCGCGGUGCUACAACUGGUGCUGCCGACCGUUCUCGGGAUGUCAGCCAGCUCUUCUCACCCCCUUCAUCCCUCAAUUCUUCCCAGAUUGAGCCCGAAGAAAAUACUCCCAUCACCAAGCCUCCUGUCAACCCAUUGUUGAAUCUUGGUGGUGAGCAUAUCAAACGCCUGGGCUCACCUUUCAAGGUGGAAGGUCAGUUCAAGCGACGUACGACCCCUGGACGAUUCAUUAGGCACGCGCCUUCGCUGUCCGAUCCAUUCUCGAGCGGUGGUAUUUCGACUUAUCCCAGCUCUAUGAAUCCUUCUCCCAUGCAGGGACUGGACAAGCCUCAAGGACCUCCUCCCCCUCUACAAAAUCCCUUUGAGGAAGGCCUUUCGGAUGCUGAGCGAAUUCGCCGGCAAAUCCUGAGCAUGCCUUUCAUGCGCAAUUAA